CUGCAAUGACCAAGUACAUUCUCGUCUCCGGCGGUGUCGUCAGUGGCAUUGGGAAGGGGGUAAUUGCCUCUUCGACAGGCUUGCUCCUGAAGACGGCUGGUCUGAAGGUGACCGCCAUCAAGAUUGAUCCGUACAUGAAUAUAGAUGCAGGAACCAUGCGCCCGCAAGAGCAUGGUGAGGUCUAUGUCCUGAACGACGGCGGAGAAGUCGAUCUCGACCUCGGAAACUAUGAACGCUAUCUGGACGUUACUCUGUCCCGAGACAACAACAUCACGACAGGAAAAAUCUAUCGCGAAGUUAUUGAGAAAGAGCGGAGAGGAGAUUAUCUAGGAAAAACGGUCCAGAUUGUGCCUCAUGUCACUAAUGCUAUUCAAGAUUGGAUUGAGCGAGUGUCAAAAGUUCCUGUUGACGAGACAGGAGAAGAGCCUGAUGUUUGCAUUGUCGAGCUAGGAGGCACAGUAGGCGACAUCGAGUCGGCACCGUUCGUCGAGGCGAUGCGACAGUUCCAAUUCCGCGUUGGAUAUGAGAACUUCGCGCUGAUUCAUGUAUCACUCGUCCCGGAUAUGCACGGCGAGCAGAAAACAAAACCCACGCAGACUACAGUCCAUGCUCUGCGAGGACUUGGCCUCCUCCCCGACCUGAUCGCUUGCCGACUGGUCGUCCAAAAGCCCCUUGAGCCGGCAACGAAGUCAAAAAUCUCCAUGUUCUGUCAUGUUGCGCCCGAACAAGUCAUCGGCGUGCAUGACGUCUCGUCCGUUUAUCACGUUCCUCUCCUGUUGCAGUCGCAGGGCAUUGUAGAAUACCUGCACAAGCGUCUGAAUCUCGCAAGCAUCAAAUUGACAUCGGAGAUGCAGGAGCGCGGCUCUUGCCUUGGGGUGAGAUGGAAAGAGCUGACCAAACGACAAGAGCGGGUGUUCGAUGACGUGACAAUUGCGCUGGUUGGGAAGUACACUGACCUCCAGGACUCUUAUAUGUCUGUCACUAAGUCACUGGAGCAUUCUGCAUUCCGCUGCAACCGGCGACUGAUCCUGAAGUGGGUCGACUCGUCACAUUUGGAGCCUGAAACACAGACAUCAGAUCCAGCCAAGUAUCACGACGCGUGGAGAGCUGUCGUUGCUGCAGGUGGCAUCCUCGUUCCAGGCGGCUUUGGCGAGCGAGGAUCAGAGGGCAUGAUGUUGGCAAUCAAAUGGGCUCGCGAGCAGAAAGUUCCCUUCUUGGGUAUAUGCUUCGGGUUCCAGCUGGCAGUCGUGGAGUGGGCGCGGAAUGUCUGCGGCCUGACAGGAGCUACAUCCGGCGAGUUCCAUCCCGAUGCAAAGGAUCCGAUCAUCAUCUUCAUGCCUGAGAUCUCAACAACGCACAUGGGGGGGACGAUGCGUCUUGGGCUGCGUCCGACCGUCUUCGAGCCCGAGACAGAGACCCGUUCGAAGGUGCGGAAACUCUAUGGCGGCGCGGGCAAGAUUUGGGAGCGGCAUAGACACCGCUAUGAAGUCAACCCGGCAUACAUCGAAAAGCUCACCGCGAGCGGGAUGUCCUUCAUCGGCAAGGACGAGAGGGGGGAGCGGAUGCAGGUCCUUGAGAUGCCUGAUCACCCGUACUUCGUCGGGUUCCAAGCACACCCCGAGUUUUGCACGAGACCUUUGAACCCUUCGCCUCCGUUUCUCGGCUUUGUAGCGGCGUCUUCAGGCCAGACCGUCUUGAACGAGCAGCUUGAGUACCAGCUUACGCACUUCCACCCACCGCACCCUGAAGGCUCGAUGGUAAGCGAGGCGGAGCUCAGACGGACGGGGACACCACCUCCUGGCGUGGAGAAAGUUCUGCGCUCCGAGUAAAGGGAAUGUGAGGUUUUCAGGGCAGCAGAAACUCCGUCGUUCUUGGUUUUCUUCCUUGUGGUCAUGCUAGUCUUGCUUUGUGACGCUGUGUUGAAUGUAGACCUGUCGCAGUAAAAUAGUUGUGGAGCACUGUAUCCCCACAUCUACCAGAUCAAUUUGAAUAAAGUGUUCUCGGGUACUG